AUGUAGCGCGAGCGAGCCGGCGUUCGAGCGAGCCGAGACUGGCGUGAAGCUUUUAGUAACCGCUGCGCACUCCGCGUGUAACCACGUGUGUCAUCAUCGUCUGCGACAGUACACAUACCACAAUAAACAGACCAGCAACAACAACAAUAACAACAACAGCACCAGCAGCAGUAGCGGAGCAGCAAUAGUAGUGCAGCAGCGUAUCGGCAACAAACAAACACACACAACAUCGACGACGUCAAUUUACAUAAUCAAAACAUAAGCUCCUCGUUCAAAUGAUCACGCAUCCGAGUCGCAGCAACUUGUUUUAUAUUUAUUAUAAAAUCAAAUACCCGAUAAAACUUCGAUUGUGAUUUUACGAGUGUUUAUAAUAUAACGAGUAUAUACUAGUGAGCCUGUUUCAUUUCGUUGCGAGCAGUCAUCGUCUUCGUCGUCGUCGAGAGAGAAAGAGAGAGAGAGGGACAGCAACAAUCAGUCAGCCUCUCGUCUGUCAUUCGUUUCCAUCAAGUUGCAAUAUAAACGUUGCAUCUCGCCCUUUGUUACUCGAUGUGUGAAUGAUCCUCAGUGUUUAAGUUUUCGUAUCGUUUAGCGUCGUUGUUUAUGCUGAUUAUUGCGCGAGUGUCGUUCGAUCAGCUUUGCCGGCUCGUUUUUUGACGUUUCUGCCCGCCGAGCGUGCGCGAGAGCGUCGUAUCUUCGUUUAUCAACGCGCCAGCAAUCACCAAGACAUCAUGGAAUUCUGAGACGUGCCCGUGCGGUUAGAGGCUAAAUCGAAGCAGCUGCAGCUCGACCGAGUGUGCGAGUGCUAGUGAAAGAAACUAGUCGAGCGCGAGAUUUCUCGCCCAGGUGAGCAUCACUCCCCCGUCCGAACAUCGAUCGAAUCUCCGACUGCCUGAGAGCGAGUGAAAGAGAGAGAGAGAGAGAGAUAAGGAGAAAAAAAACUCACCCAGCGCGAUGGCACCCAGACGCCACGGCUCGACGCUGCUCGACGGCAGCACGACCUUCCAGCCGCAGCCACCCCCUCAUCAGCAGCAGCAACAGCAGCAGCACCAGCAGCACCAGCAACUGUUCCAAAUGGUCGAGACCUCCGAUCUGAUAAUGCAGCAGCAUCUACAGAUGAUCAACAACAGCAACAGUAAUAACAGCGGUGGCAACAACACUAGUGCGGGUUUUCAGCAGUGCUGCACGCCGGCCGGCGAGUGUCUGCGCAGCGACUCGCUCAUCAGGCCGAGCGUACUCCACGAGUGCGUCAAAGUCGUCUGCAACAACGAGGCCUGCCCGGCCGGCCAGUUCAUGCAUCGCGAGUGCUUCGAGGCCUGGGAGCUGACCCUGCUGGCCUACCUCAAGACCUGCGGCCGUGCCCGCAGCUGGUCCGAGCGCCAGCGCCACCAGAACCUCUGGUCCAAGAAGGGCUACGACCUGGCCUUCAAGGCCUGCGGCUGCAAGUGCGGCCGGGGCCACCUGAAGAAAGACCUCGACUGGAUUCCCCCGGGCCAGAGGAGCAACAGCAACAGCAGCAACCACAGCAGCGCCGCGGACGCAGCCAGCGAGCUCCAGAGCAGCAUGCAGCAGCUCAUGAACGGCGCCAGCGUGGCCAACAACAACGCCUCCGAGGUCAAGAAGAAGAAGCGCCGCAACAGGCAGAACAACGCCAACAACAACGCCGCCGGCAACGCCAGCAACGCCCGAGCGAGUCUGGCUUCUUUGACGUCCGCGGGUUCCUUGGUCAACGGCAGCGCCAGUAACAACGGCAGCAGCAGCAGCAACAACAACAACAGCAGCUCGAUGCUGCAGCGCAACGGGAGCAGCGAUGGCUCGCAGAUCAUCGAGGCCCAGCAUCAACAGCAUCACCAACAGCACCAACAGCAGCAACACCACCAGAACAACGGCCGAGGCAGGGCUGGAAGUUGGUCGAGCAGUACCGGCUCGUGCUCGCCGCUCGCCACCAGCGAGACGAGUGUCAGUCCGCUCCAUCAACCUCAAGCCAUCGCCAAGCGCAAGAGCAAGGUGGACUUUUUCAGCGAUCGAAUUAGACAAAGCUGCGGAGCAAACGGAAUCUUCUCGCGACGUCUAGACUUCAGCGCAUUCAACAGCCUGCCCAGGACGAAGCUGAAUUCUUAUCAUAUAAAGAUGGAAGAUGAAGGUAAUCACGGCAACGACGACACAAGAUGCUUCAUCCUGUCGACUCUCGCCGCACUGCAGUGGUCUCGGGUAUCUUGCGUGCUUUGUCGUGGAGCGAUGCUAGUCUUUGAUCGAUACCCCUUGGUCGAUGGUACGUUCUUCUUAUCUCCGAGGCAGCACUCGACCGCUUGCGCUCAGGUAAAGGUCGAGGGUCGCACGCAGUUCCUAUCUGCGGUAUGCAUGAGCUGUCUCGAGGGCAGCGGCGGCUCUCCGGUGCGUUGCAGAUCCUGCACUCAGCCUUGGGACGGCUCGAGCCUCGUCCUCGGCACCAUGUACAGCUACGACAUAUUCGCUGCUAUGCCCUGCUGCACCGAACGUCUCAAGUGUAACAGCUGCCACAAGCCGCUGAUCUAUCCUCAUCAGCGAUUGAACUUCUACUCGGACUAUAGUCGAGUUUUCGCCUGUCCUACUUGUCGAGCCGUCGACGCUCACUUUGUCAAGCCGCUCUCUUCUUGUUUUACACGCGAGCACUUCCAGCUCUACAGCCCUUGGCCCUAACAAUUAGAGAAAUUGAACAUUUCCAACGUCGCUUCGAAAUCUUGGACACUUGAUCAUCACCAACAGCAGCCGCAACAGCAGCAGCAGCAACAACAACAACAUCAACAACAACAACAACAACAACAACAACAACAACAACAACAACAGCAACAAACAACGCAGCAGCAGCAGGCGGCUCGUUUUUCGGAUGAGUUGAAAUUAGUGCAGCAGCAACAGCAUCAACAAGCAACUAACUUUUCUUCCAGUCCACUGAUGGCACUAUUGAGGGCUACACUACUCUGAAGGGCCCAGCUCCAAGCACUGCCUACAUAUCUUCUUGUCAAUAAGAAGUAUGUUUUAGUUAAAAAUAUGACGUCUCAAAAAGAUAGAUUAUUCGGAUAGACAAAGGUAAAAUAAUUGCGCCGAGCGGAGAAGAAGACCGAAGAGGAACGUAUGCAUGAUGCAAAUAUUGAGAGGAAGCAAUAUUUCUGUGAAUUGGUGUGUGCGUGUGCAUGUUUGUGUAUGAAAAUGCGUAUGUACGUAUGUGUAGUUUUUUUUUUAAAUUAUAUCUAUAAUUGAUAUCACAUCGUGACAAAAAGAACGCCUAAAUAGCGGCCUAUCAUGAUCCUCUAUAGUAAUAAUGAUAAUUUAAGCAAGCUAUUACUGAAAAAUAGUGCACUUGAUGGAAAAUGGAGAAAAGAAUUAGUCUUUUAACUAAAUGGCUGGCCUGAAUUGAUUCGCCCUAUAUAAUAUGUACGAAGCGUCCAACGCUUUACGGUUUUUGAUUUUUCACACCUCGAGCUGCAAGACCUUCUUCGGCUCGACUUCAAUACCUGUAGAUUCAUGACAUUAAGAGUUCGUUUUUUUAAUUUUUUUUCACAUAUCUAAAAAAGCGCGUGUGAUUAUUGCGUCGUUUCACACGAUUGAGCGACGCACACUUUGUACAAUAUAGUUAGGCCUUUUAUGAAUGUAAGUAGGAAAAUUAAUUUUUGCGUUUAUUAAUUGUAAUUGUAUAAUUUGCAAUUGUCGGAAAAAAAUCAUUAAAACGAUUUAGACUUGAUUUUUCGAUCUAAAUAUCUCAUGAAUCUACAGGUUAUUCAAACGUUUAUUUUUCAAUCAAUUCAAGCUGUAAGAGAUUAAAAAUCGUCAUAAGAAAAAGAUGUGGAGGCUUAUUGUACACAUAAAAACCAAAAUCGGCUACCAACGUACAAAUAAUGUUAAAAAUCAUACGGAUCCUACAGUACGUUUAACGAAAAAGCGAUGGGGUUUAUACUAUCGAAUUAUAAGAAAUGUGCUUUUUUCUUGAAAAAAAAAGGAUUAAGGUACUUUGCCCAGUGAUUGAUUGCAUUCGUCCAGAAAAUAACCACUUUUGAAUAUUCAUCUACUCUUUUUUCCUUGUUACAUGAUGAUUGGACAUAGACAAUAGGAUGCAACAUUUGCUGAAGACUUGAGUAACACCCAUACCGAUGUAUUUUUCAAUUGUUUUUCAUAACACAUUUUAUAAAACGGUCGUUCCCUGGGUGUCAGUCAAUCACUGGGUCGCUUUCCCUAAAUUCAGUUUUUAAUAUACAGAAAAGUUGAUGGAAAUGAUAAAGAAUAAUAUUAACAAAGAGUACUAUUGUUUGUUACUUAGAUAAUCGAGCGUUGUUUUUUUACAUUUUAUUAGUUUAUACAUUUAGACGGCCAUGUUGUUUUGUUUAAGAAUCUACGACCCACAUAAAAUUUGAAUAUUUCAAUGAUAUUAAAAUAAUUCUUAACCUAGAUUGCUCAUCUCAAUAAUUCAACUUUUAACUAAAUCGAUCAAAUGUUUCUUGAUCAUCGACUUCUACGUCAAAAAAAAAAUUCAUAAGAGACGAGCUAAAAGGGUUGAUAAAAUUCAUAUCUUUAAAAAGAUAUUGAUAAAAAAUUUCUUGGUGAUGCUGGUCGUUGCUUAUCCAACUAUACCGGUAGUCUUGCACCUCUCAUUCUUAUAUUAGCAUCUGUUAUCAAUAUCAAUCCAAUUCGACACAGUACGGAUUUGUAUUUUAUUACCAUGAUAUUGCCUUAUUUCACUUUGCUUUUAUUCCUCCGUAAAAGGAAAAAAUCUUGUCGCGUGAGAUAAUAUUGAAAAACAUAAUUUCGCUUACGCCCGUAAUUGUGUAAUUUAUUUUUACAAAACUAUGCGGAUAAGGCGAUUUUAUAUGAUUAUACAAUUACAUCAAGAACUAACGAUUUAGCUACUCGUGCGAGAUGAAACACACUUGUGGCAAUUGAAAGUAAAGCUAUUUUCAUUUCACUCUUACGUUUCUCAGAGUGCCAAAUGCGAACUUGUGCAAAUUACUACUUCAAGAGGAAAAUAUGCAUCAUAUCUAAAUAAUUAUAUCAAAACACAUACAAAUAGAAAAUCAAGAUCGAUGGGAAUAAGAAAAACGACGCGUUACAAAUAAAAUAGAAACUGACAAAAAAUAUAAGCGAUAAGCUAAAAGCGAUUUUGAGCUUUCAGUUUAAGGAACGCACCAACCGAUUUAGAGCUUUAGACUAGAGAAGUAUAAGGAUAGUUUAUUGUUUUAUUAGCUCGAUGUAUCUGGUAUAUAGGGCUGUUAUUGAUUACCCUCAAAGUUUUGUUCUAUCAAUGCGUAGUUCGAAUGACGCUAUAGAAUUACACAAAUAUAAUAACUUUUUUGAAUUCGCUGUUUACAAUUUUUAAAACUCCAGAAAAAUCUUAUCAAAGUUUUUUUUUAAUAUUAUGAUUGCAUAACAGAUUUUAUCGGUAACAUUAAAUAUACACUAUGCGCAAGUGUAAUAAUUAAGACGCUAAUAAUUUUAGUCAUCAGUCCACAAAUAACGGAAUAAGCGAGCUACUGUUGUACAAGCACUACAAUGAUCGGUUACGUAAUUUUUUUUUUUCAAUAUUCAUCUUGAAUUAUUAUAAUUAUAUAAUUUAGUCGUUUUGGCCCAUGUAACCAAAGAUUAGUGUCUAGUUUUUGACUAAAAAAUUCAGUAAAAAAUUAUUAUUAUAUAUAAGUGAUUUUCACCAAGUUUUAAAUAUCGAGAUCUAAAAUUUUUUAUUAAAAAUGAGUAAAUCACUCACAGAUAUGAGUUUUUAUGUAAGUGCUCAUCUGAUGAUAUUCAAAUUAUUGUGAUUAAUUUAUUUUUUAUUAUUUGUAGUUAUUUUAAAUUAAAUUUAAACGAACAAUCGUCUUGAUAACCAAUUUGCUAGCCCUUUCAGCAUUUUGAAGAUUAAAACGUUUUGAAAAGUGCAAUUUUCGAAUCAACACAAAAAUGAAUCUGUCCUCCUAAUUUUAAAACUCAAUGAUAAUCACUUAUAUCACACUAGCCUGAAAAAGUACAACAAAGAAAAAAUGUAUUGUCAUGUUUUUUCAUUUUGUUACAUUAUGUAACGGCCGAUCUAACAUUUUUGUACUAGUGUAAUUUGUGACAGUAACUCGUUUGGGUGAGGGUAGUAGAAUUUUAAACAAACCAUAACUGAAGCGGUAUAAAUAUAAAUUUUUAACGUGUACUUUUUUCGGUUUUUCGGAUAAUAAGUGUGCGUAGGUAAGAAUGUAUUUAAUUAAAUGUGUGCAUGAACGCGUGUGAAUGGCUAAGGCAUUGCGGAUUUUAAAAAUAAAAAUAUACAGAAAAAAGAGGAGUAUCGCACUUGGUUCCGAUGAAUAUCAAUUUUUUGCGAUUGAACAAAAUACUGAUGAAAAAUAUAUGAAAUAUGAGAAAGGAGUCAAGAUAAAAACUGAAGGUUUUCGUCGUCGGUAUAGCUAGUAAUGCGCACGUGUACGACGUUGAACGUUGCGAGGAUUAUAAACAAAACAAAAAAUUGCAUCUACUACGAGGAUUCUAUAAAUAUUAUAAUUACAAAAAAAAAACUGGAUACAUAACUUGUGUCAUAUAAAUAUUAUAUAAUAGAUAAUGUGGUGUAUACACCCACACAGACGCAAAUUUUAUAUUAAUAUAAUAGACAAACUUUUUCAUUUUUUCUUCUUUAUUAGUGCUAAUAAGGAUGAUGAAACUAAUGGCGAGUAAAAUAUAUCAUAUAUAAAUAUAUAUACAAAAAUAUAUUAUAUAUUAUGUACGUAUAUAGAAUAAUGAUUAUUAGGAAAACGCGUGGAUCGGUCGCUGCGGCGAGUACUCGGUGAAUCGAUCGCAUAAAGCGCGAAUAUACAAAAGUAAUAAAGAACUAAAUGUUGACGAUUCAAUUUUUUUUACUAUGAAAAACUCGUGAAAAGUCGCGAGGACCUUAAAUAAUAAAUUUUUAAGUGGAGGAGUACCCCAAAACUAAAUUAUGAGCCGUUUCCGACUCAAGUGUAUCGUUUUUAUUGUAUUGAUGUGUAUAUUUAGAUAUGUCAUACAAUUUUUAGAAGUGUAUAUCGUGUAUAGGCGUUAAGGUUUUUUCAGCUGUGGUAGGAAAACUUUGUAGGUAUUUUUUACGUAAAAAAAUUAAAGUAAUAAAAUUAAUUAACACAGAGCCGAGAUUUGUCAAGCCAAAAUGCGGCUGCGCAACGAGUAAAAAGUACUUUUACACUUUUCGAUCACUUUGAAUGAUUUCCUAGCAGGAAAGACAAUCUCAGCGCAAAAUAAAAUAAAAUCAGAAACCGCAUCACGAGACCGAAAAAAUCAACGGCCGCGUAAAAUCGAGGUACUCAUCUUACGAACGUUGAUCCCAUUUAUUCAUACAAAUAGAAAAUAAGUUUAAUAGUAGGCAAUUAGAAAAUCAAUUUAUUAAAUUAAAUAAUGUGUGAAUGAAACCUACAGGCAGAUAAGGUGGCCACGGUUUGGCGGGAUAAAAACAUUUACUUGGGCUUUCGUGAUCAAGCUACCGAUCUUAUUAUUAUGAACAAAGGAUUCGCGAAAUCACAGUGCAUUGUUUCGCGAGCCUUCGUCCCACCGAGGUGAUUGAAGGAAUUUCAAUCGCACCCAAAAUUCGCGCAGAACGAUUGGAGCGUUGUCGAUAAUGUGAAUGAAUGUGUCUAGAAUCAUAAACAAAUGAGUCGAGUAAAAAGCCCAUGAAUACGGCUUUAAUUGACUUACAUACGUUAUACCUCAAUUAAUAAGUAAUAGAAAGAAAACACUUGAUUUUCAUUGUUUCUUUAUGUAGUUAAAUUGCCUGUUUUACUUAUCCCUCGUUAUCGCAUUUUAAUAUUACAAUUAUGAUGGACAAAGCAAAUAAAAAAUCUUAUAUUGUACCAAUGUUAUACGUAACCGUAUGUGUAAAACUACUAACGACAACAAAAAUAGAGGACAUUACAAUAAUUGUGGUACUGAUUAUGAGGCAAAUCUCGAUGCGAUCAUUGCGGAGAUAUUUCUCACGAAAAUUUUCCAUGUCGUUCUUUUUUGCAUUUUUAAUAAGUAGGAAAAUAUUACACAGUGUAAAAAAUUUUCAUUCACACGAUUACGCCCCUUCCCCGAGUGCUGUUUUGUGUAACGAAUUGUGUGAUGCGCCAUGAAAAUAAAAUGUAACGUGACAUUUCCGAAUAAUGACUGCAACAAACGGUAUCAUACAGACAAGAAAAAAAGCGAAAACGAAAUCUGUGAGUAAUAAGUAAAAAAGGGAAAAAUCUGAUAUUUAUAAAAUAUUUUAAUAUUAGUGCCGUGCUACUGGUGAGCGAUAAUUUCAUUCGUCUUGUUUUUGAAAUUUUAUUUUCUGGCUACUUGUGACCUACGUGGAUCGAAGUUGUAUUUUCAGAAAUCUAAAUCAAAUUACUAAAUAAAUAAAUCCGUAAUUAGACGAAAAUGUUUGAAUUAUAUUGUGUUUGAAAUUAUAAAUUUUAUAUUAAAAACUUCGAUCGGCUUUACACGAAAAAAACGUCACGCUAUGUCAGUAUUACAAGAUAAACUAAUAUGUAUGAAAAAAAAUCAUGCUAAACCGGCUGUCUUUCAAACUCUCUUUAUCUUUACGGUUGAAAUAUAUAAGUAAUGGAGUUCCCAGUCAGCAAUUGAAGUCAUUAUUGCUUUAUUUAUGAGUAAAGUGGAUAUCUUAUUGUUUAAUAAAAAAAAAAGAAAAAGUUUAGAAUCGGUGGAAUGUACAUAGAUUUAGAAUAACUGAAUAAUUGUACUGAAAAGGGUGGAAAAGUGAAUGAUUGUUUUUAGGUUUUUUCAUUUUACAUAAUAUAAUUUUUAUUAUGUUUAAUUUUAGUAUUUCGCGUGACGUCCAUAUUGGUUAAUGAAUUAUUAUUAUCACUAAUAAUCAUAAUUACAACUCAAUUGGUCGUUUUAGUUCAAAUUAUUUUUUCAAAAUUCUAAUAUUUUUAGUCUUGGUAAUGUCAAGAACGAAAACAACAACAAAAUUGCUUAAUAUUCACACAUUUCUUUUUUCAUCUUUUUUUCUUGUUUUUAUUAAGUUUAUCGUACUAUGAAUAACUCGAACAUUCAAUAAAGUGAAAUGUCUUUAACGAA